UACAAAAAGAAACACUUCUCUAAUUCCGGGAACCAUUUCACUUAAUAUAUGGCAAUGAAGAGUCUCUCGUUUCUUGCGAUUCUAUCUCUUCUGGCCUUAACACUUCCAUUAGUCAUUUCCUCUGACCCAAGCCCCCUUCAAGACUUUUGUAUUGGCGUCAACAACCCAGCAAAUGGCGUUUUUGUGAACGGAAAGUUUUGCAAGGACCCAAAGCUCGCGACGGCGGAUGACUUCUUUUUCGCAGGGCUUCACAAUGCAAGACCAGUAACUAAUGCAGUCGGUUCAAAUGUGAUAGCCGUCAAUGUUAGCAACCUUCCAGGAUUAAACACCCUUGGAAUCUCUCUUGUCCGUAUAGACUAUGGAGUGCAAGGGCAGAACCCGCCUCAUACUCACCCACGUGCCACCGAGAUCCUGGUUCUCCAAGAAGGAACACUUUUGGUAGGUUUUGUCUCAUCAAAUGGAGACGGAAAUCGCCUCUUCACCAAAACACUGAAGCAAGGUGAUGUAUUUGUGUUUCCAGAAGGACUCAUCCAUUUCCAGUUUAACGUGGGGCGGUCUCCAGCGGUUGCAUUCGCUGCUUUGAGCAGCCAAAACCCGGGUGUUAUCACUAUUGCCAACACCGUGUUUGGGUCUAACCCACCUAUAAACCCGAAUGUUCUUGCUAGGGCUUUCCAGUUGGAUCCUAAGGUUGUCAUGGAUCUACAGAACAAGUUCUGA